AUGACGCUCCCGUUCCUAGUCUUUCUGUACCCCAAGCCGGAGAAGCUCGCCCGGGCUGAGGAACUGGCCCAGAUAAUCUCCGACUACGUCAAGGCGAAUGAACCGGGCGUCUUGCAGUAUCAGUGGUUUCGUGUCGCUGACGACCCCGACGGGCCGGCCAUCGCCGUGAAGGAGACAUACGCGGACCAGGCAUCCCUGGACGCGCAUAAGGAGACCCCAAAGUUUGCCUGGCUUGUGAAGAUCUCCCAGGAGGAGGAUAUUUUCAGGGCGCCCCUCAAGGUCCUACCCAUCGACUUUAUCACUGGCUUUGACAGGCGAUGA